CUCAACUCCUCCGACAAUGUCGAAAUACCAGCUCAAAUGGGGCAUUCUAGCCACUGGCGGCAUCGCCGAGUCCUUCUCUCGAGACCUUUGGGUCAAUCCAGAGACAAGAGGCGUUACAGAUAUUGAGCACGUCGUCGUAGCUGCCGCUUCGUCCUCUUCAGCAGAUCGUGCCAAGGCCUUCUUGAAAGAGGUGCGAGCUCCAGAGUCUGCAAAAGCAUACGGAUCAUACAAAGAGCUGGUCGCCGACCCGAACGUGGACAUCAUCUACGUGGCAACACCGCACAGCCACCACUACCAGAAUGCCAGACUCUGUCUGGAAGCGGGCAAGAAUGUCCUCUGCGAGAAAGCCUUCACAACCAACGCCAAGCAAUUAGAGACUCUGAUCAAGCUCGCAAAGGAAAAGAAUUUGUUCUUAAUGGAAGCUGUCUGGGUCAGAUACUUCCCUCUUUCCAUCUAUGUCCGAGACAUCAUCACAUCCGGCAAGAUCGGAACCGUCUACCGAGCACAAGCAGAUCUGAGCAUAGGUUUACCACCAGAGCAAGUUUUCGCCGACGGCAAGCACAGAAUGGUCAAUAUGGAUCUCGCAGGUGGAGCACUUCUCGAUCUCGGAAUCUAUACUUUGACUUGGCUCUUCCAGACUCUCUACGAUACACAGAAGAACCCGAAGGCUCCGAGCGUUCUCAGUACCAUGAAUAAGUAUAAGACUGGGGUUGAUGAGCAGACGACAAUUCUUUUGAGUUUCCCAAGAGACGGUCUGCCUAAUGCUCAUGGCGUUGCUACGACGGGCUUCAGGACUGCGUUGCAAGUUAGGGACACUCCUGCGGUUCGGGCUCAGGGUACGGAGGGUGAAAUUCAGGUCUUUUCUCCUGCUUUCAGACCUACUAAGACCAAGCUUGUGCUGAAUGACGGAACGGUUGAAGAGAAGGAGUGGGAACACCCUGGUCCGGGUAAGGGCAGUGGAUGGCAGAAUGGAUUUGGUCCUAAGAGUCAUUGGAAUGCAGAAGGUGUGGGACAUGGUAUGUUCUGGGAGGCGGAUGAGUGUGCUUACGCUAUAAGAGACGGGAGGAAAGAGGGGAAAUAUGAGAGUUUGGAAGAGAGCUUGGUUAUCAUGCGUGUGAUGGAUGAGGUUAGGAAGCAGAAUGAUAUGGUGUAUCCCGAGAAGAUUGAGACGACGGAGUAUCCUGUUGCUUUGUAGACAAGGAAGCAAUUAUAGAAUGGCUGCGAAAUCGCUCGCAUGACGAACUUGUUUCAUGCCAGCACGUGCAAUUCAAGAGCUCUCCACCUUCGCCUUCAAAUCCGCAUUAAGCUUCUCAAACCCAGCUUUCGUACUCGAGCCAAAUGAAGUCCACAUAAGAGGCGAAAGCAGUCCAGUAAAAUUCUCCUCUUGCACAAGAGUCGUAUGUCCAGGAUUCUUUUGACUAGGUCUAAACUGGUACGAGUGAAUCCCAGUAAAGAUAUAUGGUAAGCUUCCCCUCCACUCGAGUUUGGCAGGUGAGUUCUCCAAGACUAUUGGCUCAAAUGUCAUGCCUUCACCGAUGACUUUGAGCUUAUCGCCGACAUCUGCGGUCGUCUUUCCUGGUGCGUAUUCGAUGGCCUUGAAGAGUCCCUUGUGCCAUUCUGAGAGCUUGGGGAAGUCGAGGAAGAUGUCCCGGACUUUUUCUGGAGGGGCUGCGAUUUCGAUUUGAGUGUGGAUGAGGACCAUUGUGGGCUAAGGUGUUUUUUUUUGGAAGUUGGGUUUACGGUUCCGCUGUUUGGAUAUAGAGAGGCUUAUCGCACCACUGUGAUCUUGUGCACCUGAUCGAGUGUCAAGAUGUGGAUCCUGGUGACUCUUUGCUUGCUUUGGAUGCUUUGUUGUGUGUGCACUUUGUCAAUCUAUACCUUCCUUCUUCAAGAUUCGAGCUGACAGGCGCCACACGAAAUAGGUGUCCGUUUUUGAUGUUCACGCUCUUCCUCCAAGUAUUCGGAGCGAUGUUAUACGAAUGGAGCUGAUCCUGCUUACAAGUUGUAAGCUUUAGCGGCAAGACGAAGGAUUCCAAGGUCCAUCCGAGACAGAGAUUCGUAGCUGCCGACUCGACUUCGGCCGACUGCCGAACGUUCGUCCGUU